GCGUAUGACAACAGCCCGAUACCUUCAAGUAAACGUUCGGGAUUUUUAGUAAUGAACUUGCAUGCUGCAAAGGGUAUAAAUAUUUGGCCGAUUUUGUUUCAGGAGUAUAGUGUUCAGUUGAUCUUCAGAGAAAAAUGGUUCGACGAGAGACUGAAGUUCAACAACAUGAAUGGUCGGGUCGAGUUUCUGACCCUCACCGAUCCGGAGAAAAUCUGGAUGCCCGACCUGUUCUUCAAGAACGAAAAGACGGGCCAGCUGCACGAGAUCACCAUGCCCAACAUGUAUAUCAGAAUUUUCUCAGAUGGCGGUGUUCUCUACAGUGUAAGGAUAUCGCUGACACUGUCGUGUCCGAUGGACCUGAAGCUCUAUCCGCUCGACAAACAGACGUGCUCGCUCAAAAUGGCCAGCUAUGCUUGGAAGACGGAUGACUUGAUAUUUGUGUGGAAGGAAGAUGACCCAGUGCAAAUUGACGACGGUCUUCAUCUGCCAAGGUUUACACUGGAGAAAUUUCAGACCGCCUAUUGUAACAGCAAAACAAACACAGGCGAGUACAGCUGCCUGACGGUGGACCUGCUGUUCAAGCGCGAGUUCUCCUACUACCUGAUCCAGAUCUACGUGCCCUGCUGCAUGCUGGUGAUCGUGUCGUGGGUGUCGUUCUGGCUGGACCAGAACGCCGUGCCGGCGCGCGUCUCACUGGGCGUCACCACGCUGCUCACCAUGGCCACCCAGACGUCCGGCAUCAACGCCGCCCUGCCGCCCGUCUCCUACACAAAGGCCAUCGACGUGUGGACCGGCGUGUGCCUCAUGUUUGUGUUCGGCGCCAUGCUCGAGUUCGCGCUGGUCAACUACGCCAGUCGCUCGGACAUGCACCGCGAGACGCUGAAGCGAGGUCGGCGGCAGCAGAUGGAGCUCGAUCACCAGACGGCUCUGGGCGAGCUGGGCGAUCACACGGACGACGGACAGACUGCCUACGCCAUGAAACCUCUAAUGCAUCGAGGAGAGAGGCGAUUCGACAAGGGCGCGCGACACUGCGAGAUCCACAUGCAAGUGGGGAAAAAGCAGGGCUGCUGCCAAAGCUGGCUCUCAAAAGUUGCCAUGCUGCGUGUUCUACUGGCCCUGGCGUGUCUCGGCGCCCUGCAGGCGGCAGCCGUGCCCGACAGGACCGCUGGAUAUAGCGUCAUCUCUUUGCCGCUGAAAGACGUCCUUGUCAACGGCCAGCAGUCGUUUGUGGGUGUGAUCGGGAUAGGCACCCCCGAUCAGUCCAUGACGGUCACUGUGGACAUCAGUAGCCGGCUGACCUACGUGCCAUCGGUCAACUGCAGCGACCCGUUCUGCACGGGACACCGCCGCUACGACUCCGCCGCCUCCUCCACAUACGAGGCUGACGGCACUCCGUUCGAGCUGCCGUACGGACAGAACGCCAGCGGCGUGCUCUCCAAGGAUUCGAUCAGCGUGGCGGGCGCCACUGUGCAGGGCCAGACGUUCGGCGAGGCCACAGCCGUCUGGAACAGCUACUCGGUGCAGGCGCCCAACGACGGCGUGCUGGGGCUGGGCUUCUCGCUGCAGCCGGACCGGGUUCCCUCCAUCCUGGACACGAUGAAGUCGCAGGACCUGAUCGGCCAGCGUCUGAUGGGCCUCUGGCUGGGCCGGGACGGAGCCGGAGGGGAGCUGUCUCUGGGCGGCCUCAACAGCGCCCGCUACAGCGGCGAGCUGGUGUGGGCGACCACCCUGCAGAAUCCGGACGGCUGGGUGGUCAUGACGGAGAGCUUUGACGUCGGAGAGACGAGCCUCUGCACCGGCAACUGUCUGGUCAACGCCAACAGCCUCAACCCCUACUUCUUCAUGUCGAUGGAGAUGGCCAAGACGGUCAACGAUGCGAUUGGAGGUAUAGACAUCGGCCAGCCGGGCGUGGUCGCACUCAACUGCACCUCCGUCAGCACGCUGCCCUCCUUGAAGAUGACGAUCGCUGGCCGCUCCCUGGAGAUGAGCCCCCUUGAGUAUGUGUUUGUCAUCCCUCUCGAGGGAGGUGCGGAGAUGUGUAUUUCCGGGUUCGUCGGGCUGCCUCAAUUCAUCGACAACUACGUGAGUCUCGGAACAAUGUUCAUGCAGAAGUUUUACACGGUGUUCGAUGCGGAUAACUUGCGAAUGGGAUUUGCUGAUUCCGCCUAGGUCGAGACCAUAAACUCUCUCUAUAUACAUACCUAGUGUCCUUUUAAACCAAAUGCUCUUGAUCACUGACCCGAAAACUUGAGCACAUAUUUCAUUCUUCCUUAGCAUUUCCUUGUAUUCAUUACUUUUGAAUUGAUGUUGACUCAAGAGUCAUGAUGACUCAUUUCAUUGGUUUGAGGGAAUGUGAGAUUGUGUGAGACAAAUUUUGAUCGUUCGACUUGAUGAUGAAAUAAAGAUAGCAAGCAAAUGGC